UUCUUUAGGCAACGUGAAAUAAAGAUGAUUUGUUUUUUAUCAGAUUAAUCAUCUAAUAAUCUCCAAAGCAGAAGUUAUAAUAAAGACUUUAGGAGACCAUUCUUUGAGCAAACUCUUUGUUCUUUCUGCAUCUGAGUAAAGGGUUUCUGAGCUUCUUUUGCACCAACAAAGUCAUGGCCUCCUCUGCGGCUCUUAGCAAGAAGCAGUUUAAGAGAUCAAUGACCAAGAAAUCACACUCAUGGUGGUGGGACAGUCACAAUUGUCCCAAGAACUCAAAAUGGCUUGCAGAAAAUCUAGAGAAGAUGGAUGACCGUGUGAGUCACAUGUUGAAGCUAAUUGAAGAAGACGCAGACUCUUUUGCCAAGAAAGCUCAGAUGUAUUACCAGAAGCGUCCUGAGUUAAUCCACCUUGUUGAGGAGUUUUACCGCAUGUACCGUGCACUGGCAGAGCGUUAUGAUCAAGCUAGUGGUGAACUUAAAAACUUUUCCUCUGGGAUCCAGUCACAGGCCUCUCUUGAGCAAUCUUCUCCCACCUCCCAAGAGAAGUCUAAGGAAGAGGAAGAUUCAUCUUCUUUGACAGAUUCUGGUUCUGAUUCUGAUUCUAAGUCUGUUCCUGAUGAUGAAGAUGGUGAUGAGGCACUGAUCCGAAGGAUGGGUGAUCUUGAACUUGAGCUUCAAGAAACAAAACAGAAGCUCCUCCAGCAGGAAAACAACAAUACUGAUCUCCUUAACAAGAUUACUGUAUAUGAAGGAGAGCUUAAGGAAGCUAAUGAAAAGAUUCAUAUGCAUGAAGAAGAGAUUGCUAAUCUGAAGAUUGAGCUUCAGAGCUGCAUGUCCUCUGAGCAAAAGAGUCUUGAUUUGGAUAAAGAUGAAACUGAAGAUGAAGCAGCUACAAAAAUGCAGGACCUGGAGGAAGAGCUGAGUAUGGCAAAAGAGAAGCUUCAGGACUUUGAGAAAGAGGUUUCUUGUUUGAAAACUGAGCUUGAGAGCAGUAAAGCUGGAGAGGAGAAGCUUCAUAGCUUACAGGAUGAGCUUGAGUUGGCUCAAAUUGAUGCUGAUACUCACAGAAACAAGUUCAAUGCUGAGAAGAAAGAAGUCUUGAGGUUGCAAGAGAGGAUGGCAAUAGUGGAAACCAGUUUACAGGAGAGGGAUAAAGAGAUAAGUGCACUGAAAGCUGCAGUUUCUGAGGCUGAAGAGAAGAUAUUAACAGAGAAAGAACAUAUGAAGGGAGAAAUGUCAAAGCUGCUUGAAGAACAAAGCCAACUUGGAGAGAAACUGAGAGAGGUGGAAUCAUAUGUAAGGAUUAUCACAGAAGAGAAAGCUGAAAUGGAGGAGAAGCUUAGAGAAGAAACACAAAAGCUAAGUGUAAUGAGAGCUGAGAGUGAUGUGCUAAGAGAAGAGAUAGGGAAGAGAGAAGAGAAGAUAAAGGAAAUGGAAAAGCAUAUGAAGGAGCUUCACAUGGAGCAAGUGAGGCUGAGAAGACGAUCUAGUGAGCUUUCAGAAGAAGUGGAGAAGACAAGAGUGGCUACAUCAGAAGUGGCUGAGCAGAAAAGAGAGGCGAUAAGGCAAUUGUGUGUGUCUCUUGACUAUUACAAAGAUGGGUAUGAGAGGCUUUGGAAGGUUGUUGCAGGACAUAAGAGAGGAGUGGUCUUUGCAUCCUGAAGUUUGGCUAAUUAAGAGUAAUAUAAGGACAAUGACUAUGUGUUUUGUCUUGUGUUCUUUUGGACUUAAAUGUUGAUUUAAGGGUUUGUUGUUGUUGAAAUUAGGCUGGAAAUGAAUAAUGUACUGUAUGUUGAUAUUAGUAUGUAUCAAAAUUCGGAUUUGUUUCGGGUUUGGGUCCGGUGUUUAAGAUAUGAAAAGAAUAUGAAAUAUAAAUCC